CUUGCGAAUCUUCGUCCCUCGCCCAGCACCUCCAUCGCCGCCUGCGUAUAUAGAGAGCGAUACCGGAGGACCCAGAUCCGCGUUCUCUCCCCUUCAUCGGCAAAUUUCGCACAUUCUCACCUCUCGAACAUGGCUCGCGUAUCCCUCCUCGCCGUCGUACUGGCCCUCGCUUUGGCCCUAGCGCCCGCCAAUGCCUUCUGGAUCCUGAGCCACCACCCUCUCGUCUCGGAGCGUCUUGAUAUGAUCGUCAGCCCCGGCGCUCUUUCUGGCCACACUCACACCUUUGUAGGUUCUGCAGCUGUGACAGUCGGUCAGAACAACAGCGACUACUGCACAACAGCCCCCGUCAAGGCAGACUUGAGCAACUACUGGACACCACAGCUUUACUACUACCGGGGUGAUUCGAACACGUUCGACUCGGUCCCCCUCGGAAGUGUGAAUACAUACUACCUCAACCGUGGUGGGCCCAAAAUGGGAGAGAACUCUUCCCUGCUGCACCCUUUCCCCAAAGGUCUGAAGAUGCUCGCCGGUAGUGCCACAGCCUAUGAUGGCCCCCUUGCCGACUCUACCGCCGCCAAGGCCGUCAGCUUCGUCUGUCUCAACUACACCGAAGGAACUGGCAGCCCACAGACCACGACGCUGCCUUCGGGUCCUUGCCUGGACGGUAUGCGCGCUCAGAUCAUCUUCCCUUCCUGCUGGGACGGUGUCAACCUGGACUCUUCCAACCACCAGUCUCACGUCGCCUACCCCAUCAAUGGUCAACCAGACACCGGCGACUGCCCCACCACGCACCCAGUCAAGUUCAUGACCCUCUUCUACGAAUUCAUCUACAACACUGGCUCGCUGCAGUCUGUUUCCAAUGGAACUAGCAGUAGCGGAUUUGUCCUUGCCAACGGCGACGCAGUAGGCUACUCCUUCCACGGUGACUUUGUCAGCGGGUGGGAUCAGGAGGUGCUCACCGACGCCAUCGACCAGUGCUCUGGCAACUUGUUCGGCGACCUCGAUUCAUGUGCACCCUUCCUGCCAACUCUUCAUUACGAGACUUCUUCACCUAACUCUGACCCCGACGCAGGCUACUGUACAACGACUUCUUCCGUCAACGAAAAGGUCCUCGGUACUGGCUUUGCCAACCUGCCCAACUGUCAGGUGGUCCGCAACGGUCCAUUCAAGGGCGCUGGAUCGUGCACAAACACAACUCAGGUCGUCCCCACCAUCACCGUGGUCUCUAAUUCCACUGGACCCACCAACGCCAACUACCAAGGCUGCUACAAGGACCCUACCGGCGGACGAGCCCUCAAGACGAAGCUGACCUCGCUCACUGCUUCGAAGAUGACCAUUGAGAGCUGUCAAGCGGGAUGCACAGCCGCUGGCUACUCUGUUGCUGGUCUGCAAUACGCCGAUGAGUGCUGGUGCGGAAACUCCUUCACUUACGGAACGACCAAGCUGAAGGAUGAAUUCUGCAACAUGGCCUGUGCUGGCAACUCGACGGAGAUCUGUGGUGCGGGCAACACCAACAGUGUCUACUCUACGUCGCCCGUCACCACUCUGUCCCUCCCCGUCAUUCCCGCCACUGCCGGUUCAGCAAACUACUGGGGUUGUUACGCAGAAGGUACUGGCUCUCGUCUAUUGAAGUCUGCCUCGUACGCCAACUCAUCCAACACGCCCACACAGUGUGCCAACUACUGCACGGCCAAGGGAUACCCCUUCUCUGGUACCGAGUACUCGAGCGAAUGCUACUGUGGAACAAGCGCUAUGAUGAAGUCGGCCGUCUUGGGAUCAGACAGCGGAUGCAGCAUGCUGUGCUCUGGAAAUGCUACUUCUUACUGUGGAGGAUCUUCCAGGCUGCAAAUCUAUUCUGCAAUGGUCAACCCGAAUGCUACGGUCAGCAACUCGAAUACUGUCGCCAGCAACUCCACCAACUCUACGAUUGUUUCUUCCACGACGCAGAGUACUUCGAGCUCGUCCACAUCGACUCCUCUCAGCUCUUCGACAUCCCUGAGCAGCACCUCGACUCCCCUCAGCAGUACCUCGACCUCAAAGACCAGCACCUCGACUUCGACUACGAGUACCUCGACCUCGAAGAACAGCACCUCGACCUCGACGAAGGCCGCCACAUCCACAAAGGCUAGCUCGACGACCCUGCUGGUUCUGUCGACGACGACGAUUCGCAUCACCUCUACUAGCACCGGUCUCGCGACCACCAAGACCACUACAAGGACCACAACGAGCACCAUUACCAAGACGACUGUAGUAGCCGCCAAUGGUAACGCGGUUGCUCUUCCUACCGCUACCUCUUCCUCCUCUUCGUCGUCGUCUUCGUCGUCGACUAAGAGAACUACAUCUUCUACAAAGAAGACUACUUCGUCCUCAAAGAAGACGACGUCGACUAAGAAGCGAGCACGCUCCCUGCCUACGCGUCUCCCCAGCUACUCGUAGAUCAUCCGCUCGCUCUCUCCAACCAUCGAACCUACUCCCUUCCCUUUCUUCUCUUUCUCCCACCACGGACAGUCCUUCCCCCUUCCCCCUCAAAGCUCUCCAAUUCAACUGUAUCAGUACGCCCAACUCGCUCUUCUUCCUUCUUUAGACUUCUUUAGAGCUCGCCCUCUCCUUUCAAUUUGCAUUAGACAAGAGGAAGGAGAAGAGGAAAUGACACACAUACCCACCCUUUUUUAUUUGGCCAAAGUACCUUGAUUGGAGCGUUUGAAGAGAGUGUGCGUCUUGUUGCUUACUUGGGUGAUCUGAAGCGAGGAA